CAGAUAAAAAGGAAGAUUCUCGCCUUGCUGCNAUAGGGACUCAGUUGUACUCUGAACUGGGAAUACCUUUCUUGAAAAAGUCACUGCCACCAGCCAGCUAUCCCCUAACUAUCAUGUCUCGCCAGUCUUUUGGGAUGAGCGUGUCAGGAGGGAACAAGGGAUUCAGCUCCAGCUCAGCUUGCUUCGCAGGCGGACAAAGAAUGAGUUUCAACAGCGUUUCCGCAAGCCGUGGAUGUUCUGUCCGUAGUGGAGGUGGAGGUGCUGGUUUUGGCAGCAGAAGCCUAUAUAAUCUUAAUCAAGGGGGCAACAAGAGAAUCUCCUAUGGUGGAGUUGGCAGUGGCUUUGGUGCAGGUUUUGGUGGGGGUUGCGGCCAAGGGGGUGGAAGCUUUGGAGCUGGUGGUGGCUAUGGUGCUGGUUAUGGUUUUGGUAAUGCCUUCCCAGCUUGCCCACCGGGAGGCAUUAAGGAGGUGACUAUCAACCACCAUCUCCUGCAGCCCCUGAAUUUGGAGAUAGAUCCAGAGAUCCAGAAAGUGAGGGUAGAAGAGAGAGAGCAGAUCAAGACCCUUAACAACAAGUUUGCCUCCUUCAUUGACAAGAUAUGAGGAAGAGAUUAACAAGCGUACAGCAGCAGAGAAUGAUUUUGUGCUCUUGAAAAAGGAUGUAGAUGCUGCUUACAUGAACAAAGUGGAACUGCAGGCAAAAAUGGAUGCCUUAACAGAUGAAAUCAAUUUCCUGAGGUGUAUGUUCGAAGCUGAACUGAACCAGAUGCAGCAAAGUGUUUCUGAUACCUCUGUUGUCCUUCAAAUGGACAACAACCGGAGCUUGGACUUGAAUAGCAUCAUUGCUGAGGUUAAAGCCCAAUAUGAGGACAUUGCCCAGAAGAGCCGGGCAGAAGCAGAAUCUUGGUAUCAAUGCAAGUAUGAAGAGCUGCAGGUGUCGGCUGGGAGACAUGGUGACAAUCUACGAGAUACCAAGACUGAGAUUGCUGAGCUGAACCGGACAAUUCAGAGGAUGCGAGCUGAAAUAGAAAAUGUGAAGAAGCAGUGUGAGAAGCUGCAGGCUUCUAUUGCAGAAGCUGAGGAGCGUGGUGAGCUGGCACUCAAGGAUGCCAGAGAAAAGCUCUCCGAACUAGAGGAAGCUUUGCAGAAGUCCAAGGAAGAGAUGGCCCGUCUCUUGAAGGAGUACCAGGAGCUGAUGAACGUUAAGUUGGCACUUGAUAUUGAAAUUGCUACCUACAGAAAAUUGCUGGAAGGAGAGGAGAGCAGAAUGUCUGGAGAGUGCCAAAGUGCUGUGAGCGUCUCUGUGAUAGGCUCUUCUUCUGGUGGAGGAAUGGGUAGUGGAUUCGGAGGAGGAGUAUGCUUUGGAGGAUCAUCUGGUGGUUUUGGUGGUUUCAGCUCUGGAAGUGGGAGAGGUGGAUACAGCGUAGGUGGUGGAGGAGUUUGUUCUGUAGGAGGAGGGUAUGGAGGAGGAUAUUCCUCUAGCUGCGGAAGUGCCAUUGUGAAAAAAACUACCACCUCCUCCUCUUCCUCCUUUAUGAGUUCAGGCAGGAAGUAACAAGUAACAGAUGCAAUGACAACCUCGUGCUCGAUCAAAGAAACAUUCUUCUGAUGAUCUCCACCAAGCAUACCCAUCCCAACCUUGGCAUCUUUCAGAGAAAAGAACUUUGUCUCUUACAACCACUGUGUCUGUUUUCUCAGAAUAUAUCUAGAUCUUUCAUUCUUUGUCCUAGACUCAUUAUUACAUUUCAUGCCCAAAUACCAAUUAGAAUGAAUCAGUCAUAAUAACACUUUCACUUCAUAGAUGUUUAUGUCAAGUAUGCGUGCUUAUGUCGGUCAAUACACACACCGUUGAAUGAUAGGAAUAUAGAUCCCGUGUUGCCUUGACAGGGAGAAUCAUUUCCCUAUUUCUGGGAUUUUUUCUUGGUCUUUUUCUCCAUAGUCAACUGAGAAAGGCCUGGAACAAGUUUAGAUAAGAAUGGAAAAGUUUUUGAUUAUCAUGCACAAAGUAUAGGUUUCACCUAGCCAGGGUUAAGUGCUAUUUUAAGGCCUUAUCAUUUCAGUGAAAAAAAAUUAAGCACUUAUUGAGAGCAUGACUAUUUAAGAAAAAAAAAAUGUGGAAUUUUCACAGAUUCAACUUUGUUCUAAUUAUGCCCACCUUCCUUCCUUCCUUCUUUCUUUUUCUUUCUUUCGUUGUGGCAUUGAAAACUUUGCUCAUUUUAGUUUUUGAGUUGAUUCUCUUUUAUGGGUGUAUGACUAUCUGCGUCUCAAUAAAGCCUCAGUAAAGAGUG